AUGGGCACGAGCGUUAUGCAAUCAGGCAAAGAACCACCCUCAGGCAUACAGGGCAAAGGCACAUUGGAUGAGCCGUAUGACCAAGGAAACGCACCAGAAAACACCGCCCUCCGUUCAGAUCAAGAACCUCUAUCAGGCGUGCAGGGCAAAGGCACAGCGACAGAGCCAUACGAUAAAGGGAAUGCAGGAGAAAGCACUACAUCUUCACAGCCGACGAACGCCCCUGCCUCGAGCGCUUCGGGGGCACAGAAAACUGCCUCCACCAAAACCUCCGAGACAAGAGUCAACCCAUUGAGCGCGCCGACAAGACGCCCUGCUGAAGAGCGGGACGUCAGCCCCGGGACAUUACCGGACGGCUCUCACGCACAGACGAGUGGUGACCGUGGGGAGAGCUACGAGCCAGGGAAGGGACUCCACAGACUCAAGGGCAAGCUGGGGUUUGGAAGACAUUAG